AAUCACGCCAUGCCCAUCCCGAUUCGAGCAGCACGGCCAGGGCCAAGCUGCACCGUCCGCAUGCCUACAGGGACCAGACCCUGCGGCGCCUGCUUCCGCCAGCGAUUGCGGGCCGCCCCCCCAAACAUCCAACCAUAUUUUGAGCCCACAGCUCGCCGGUCUGGCCAAGCGCCUCGUUUGCACAUCGCCGUCUGUUGAUCUCGCAUUCACCAUGGUAAACAAAUCCACGAUUUACGUGGUCGCCAUCCUGCUGACCCUCCUGGGAGCCACGUAUUAUGUGGCCAAUACAAUGGACUCUCAUAUCCACGAUCUCAAAGUCAAGACGGACGAACUGAUCCGGCUGCCUGUGUCGGCCUCGGUCGAUAGCCUCUUCAAAGACUUUCUCAAGCUGAAGGAUGACGACUACGAGAGAAUCUCCAAGCUGCUCGAUGAUCACGGCGCCUCCGAGCACGAUAUGAUGGAGGACCACAUCAAAACCGUUUUGGCAGAGAUUCGAGAAAUGAAGGGCGCGCUCUCGGAGAUCACCAGCGGAAAAGUUGCCUCGAAAGAGUCUAGCGAGAGGAGCACAAAACAAGCAAAGCCCCCCAAGAAAAAUGCAUACGGAUUCUAUGUCACCAACGACGAGUACGCCUGCGCUGCGCUGAUCAUGGUUCGCACUCUUCUGAACACCGGCCUUCGCCCGGGUGUUGAGAUCUUUGUCCUGGUCACCAGCGACGUCUCCGAAAAAUACAUCAGGAAGAUGAGGAAGAUGGGAAUGGUUGUCAAGCCCACCACGCGUCUGGAGGUCACGGCCAUUGGCGACACGCCAACCUGGUGGAAGCAGAGUAUGACCAAGAUGAACAUCUUCAAUAUGACCGAGUACGACCGCAUCAUCUUCCUUGACGCCGACGGAUUCGUCCUCAAGAAUAUGGACAGCCUCUUUGAUCUGCCGCCCUAUUUUCUCUAUUCUCCACGCGCGACCUACGUCACGGACAAACAGCCGUGGAUGAACGCUCAGAUGUACAUUAUCAAUCCGGCGCAGUGGAUCUAUGACAAGCAGAUCCACGUCUUUGAAGAAUACGAGUCUCGAGGCGAAGUGAUGUACGAUAUGGAUAUCACCAACGUAGUAUUCCGCCACUCCGCAGCCAUCUUGCCCGGAUACUACGUUGUUCUCAACGGCGUCCUCAUGGAGCCUCCGGGAACCCACAUCGGGUUGAUCGAGGGAUUCACCGUCGAGGAUGUCAUCCGGGAGGCCUUUGUGGUGCACUUUGUAGAAAAGCACACUGGGGGAUACGGAAAGCCAUGGCACGACGAUAGGACCUUCAAGGACCGACCCAAAGCUUAUCCGAUUGCGCACGACAUCUUCCGCAAAUGGUGGGCCUAUCAAGAUGAGUACUGUUUCUCAGAUUACUAAGCGGAAGAAACUCUCUCCAGGAAUUGAAACGAGAGGAUGUGAAGUCAUGGCCAAAAUGAGGAAUAUGAAUCGAUUGGACAAAUGGGACGGAAUGCGAUUGGGGAGAAAACAAUGGGCCGAGGAGAGAACUGGGAGGAAAGGGAAAUGGCCAUACGACAAAGAGACAGCCCCAAAUGACCAAUACACAAUACACACCAUGGGUGAC